AUGCCAGCCAAGCCACCAGAAUACACCAAACUGAUGCUCGAUGUGGCAAGACAGAUCGAAUCUACUCCUGAUGGACUCAUGGACUUCAGAAACACUUGUCACGAACAGGGACACGUCGGUGCUUUCGAUCUAGAAAAGAAAAGAGCAUCUGACAUCAUCCAAAAUCUUCAGAAAAAGAUGAUUGUACAUCCGGGUCAGUAUGAGAAGUUUGUGGAGUUCCUAGAAAUCAUCGGAAGAGGAGAUGUCAUCAAGAUGCUUCCGGGUUACCAAGACUAUGAUUCUAAGGAUGGAGGGAAUAUUAACCAACCUCAUUACAACACCAUACUGGAGAAGGAUGAAACCAAAAGUGGCACUUCACAUUCUGCAGUUGAUGGUAAGGUCACAGACAUAGAAAUCUCGAAUCUCUCGGACAGCAUCCCACCAGACUGCGUGCUUCGUCUCGGCAUCUUCCUCGGCAUACCCUAUCCGGAGAUUGAGACACAACGCCGACAAGGAGGAACUAGUAACAUGCUGUUUCACUGGCGAAAAAAUGUGCCUGAGCGAGACCAAAUGCAACAACUUCAACAAGCACUGGAAGAGGCUAGCCUGGGUCAUCUGGUGACUGAUUGUUUUGGAGAUGGAAAGAAUUCUUCACGCAAAGACACGGGACCUCUGAGCCGAUCUUCAAUUACAUCUGACAAGGUUUUAAGCAAGCUAUGUGGGAAGAUUGGCGAAGGAUGGUUACAGUUCGGCAUCCAACAUCUAGGCAUGUCAAUGGUCGACAUUGAUCAUUUUAGGCACAACAGAUCAACCAUGGAGGAUACGAUAUUUGGCAUGUUGUAUGAGUGGCGUCAACGUCACCAUGACGAUGCAACGAUUGGUACACUACUCGAUCUAAUGGAGGAGAGUCCGAAUAUCUCACUGGACUCCUAUAACUUUAUUCUAGAAGAAAUACAAAGCAGUGAUCUGCAUCAGUGAGCAUUGCGAAAGAUGGCGACCUUAGUGACCAUGUCAUGACAAGAACGUCAUCCAAGUGCUAAAAAACACAGGACUAUUUUUUUUAUUCGUCUAGUGAAACCA